CGGAAAGUCGCGGCACGUGUUUAUUUUUGUUUUGACCACUUCUCUCGAGGCUGCCGCGGAAAUGUUGGCCAAAAAACAGAAAAUGCAGGUGGAGACGGACUCAGAGCCCCAGGCCACGCCGCACACGAUACAGGCGCGCCUCAUUUCAGACACGGGGGAGGAGGCAGGGCCGCCCAUCGACCUGCCGGCUGGGAUUACCACCCAGCAACUGGGUCUGAUUUGCAACGCUCUGCUGAAGAACGAGGAGGCCACUCCGUAUCUGUUCUUCGUGGGCGAUGAUGAGAUCAAGAAGAGCCUGGAGGACACCCUGGACCUGGCGUCGGUCGACACGGAGAACGUGAUCGACAUUGUGUACCAGCCGCAGGCGGUUUUCAAAGUGCGUCCGGUGACCAGAUGCACGAGCUCCAUGCCGGGACACGCGGAGGCCGUGGUCUCGCUGAACUUCAGCCCGGACGGUGCUCAUCUGGCCAGUGGAAGUGGCGACACCACAGUGCGCCUGUGGGAUCUCAACACAGAGACGCCUCACUUCACCUGCACAGGCCACAAGCAGUGGGUUCUGUGCGUAGCAUGGGCUCCGGAUGGCAAACGUUUGGCCAGCGGCUGCAAAGCUGGCUCCAUAAUCAUCUGGGAUCCGGAGACGGGCCAGCAGAAGGGCCGUCCCCUGAGCGGGCACAGGAAACACAUCAACUGCCUCGCCUGGGAGCCGUAUCAUCGCGAUCCGGAGUGCAGGAAACUUGCCUCCGCCAGUGGUGACGGUGAUUGCCGGAUCUGGGACGUGAAACUGGGCCAGUGCCUGAUGAACAUUGGCGGACACACGAAUGCAGUGACAGCCGUGCGGUGGGGAGGAUCGGGACUUAUAUACACCUCCUCCAAGGAUCGCACAGUGAAGAUGUGGCGGUCAGCCGAUGGCAUCUUGUGCCGGACGUUCUCUGGCCACGCUCACUGGGUGAACAAUAUUGCGCUGAGCACGGACUACGUGCUGCGCACAGGUCCAUUCCAUCCGGUCAAGGAUCGCUCCAAGAGUCAACUCAACCUGAGCACUGAGGAGUUGCAGGAGUCCGCUCUAAAGCGCUACCAGGCCGUCUGCCCGGAUGAGGUGGAGUCCCUGGUUUCCUGUUCCGACGACAACACCCUCUAUCUGUGGCGCAACAACCAGAACAAGUGCGUGGAGCGCAUGACUGGCCACCAGAACGUGGUCAACGAUGUGAAAUAUUCGCCGGAUGUAAAAUUAAUUGCUUCAGCUUCCUUCGACAAGUCGGUGCGUCUGUGGCGCGCCAGCGAUGGUCAGUACAUGGCCACCUUCCGUGGUCAUGUGCAGGCGGUUUACACGCUGGCCUGGUCGGCGGACUCCCGCUUGAUUGUAUCCGGUAGCAAGGAUUCAACACUGAAGGUUUGGAGUGUACAGACCAAGAAGCUGGCACAAGAGCUUCCUGGGCAUGCAGAUGAGGUAUUUGGUGUGGACUGGGCGCCGGAUGGCUCUCGAGUUGCCUCUGGCGGCAAGGACAAAGUCAUAAAGCUAUGGGCUUACUAGACAAAUCUUUAUCUUGUACACUUUAAGAAAAAACUUAGGAAUAAAGCUAAGGUCCUGAGUAAA